AUGGGGGGCCUUGGACCCUCCAACAGACUCCUGUCUCUCCUGACUGUGGGUGGUCUCAGCCUCGUUCAGGCCCACGCAGACCGCAGCUGCUCCUCGGUGAGCCCCGGCGUGCUGGCGGGGAUCGUGCUGGGGGACCUGGUGCUGACCCUCCUCAUCGCCCUGGCCGUGUACUCCCUGGGUCGGCUGGUCCCUCGGGGGCGAGGGCCCACGGAGGCAGUGACCCGGAAACAGCGCAUCACUGAGAUAGAGUCGCCUUAUCAGGAGCUCCAAGGCCAGAGGACAGAUGUCUACAGCAACCUCAGCACUCAGAGGCCAUAUUAA